AAUGGUGCAGUUAUGUUCUGUCUGCUUAAGAAGGGCUCAAGAAAGAACCAAGAACAAGAAAAUAUAGAUAGCUUCACUGCCAAGAAAACAUCAAUCUCCUAUCAAGACUCUGAUAUCGAUCCGCUAGAUGGUUUAUCAGGCAUGGUGGUUGACACCUUGAAGGUCUACAAGUUCCACGAGCUGCAAUCCGCAACGAGCGACUUCACAUCUUCCAGCUCGCUCGGAGGGUCAGGGUACAUCGGUAAUAUCAACGGCGACGGUGCGAUGAUCAAGAAAAUGGAAGGAAACGCAUCUAAGGAGAUCAACUUACUGUCGAAACUAAACCAUUUCAACAUCAUCCGUCUCUCCGGCUUCUGUCUCCACGAAGGAGACUGGUACUUAGUCUACGAACACGCUUCUAACGGAAGCUUAAGUGAUUGGAUCUACGCGAAGAAGUCUCUCUUGAGCUUGGCUCAGAGACUGCAAAUCGCUUUGGAUAUAGCGACGGGGCUUAACUAUCUACACAACUUCGCGGACCCUCCUUACGUCCACAGGGAUUUAACCAGCGGGAGCAUCUUUCUUGACUUCGAGUUUCGAGGAAAGAUUGGUAACUUAGGUUUAGCUAGGUCGACGGAGAGAGAUGGGGAUUACGUGUUGACCAAGCAUGUGGAAGGGACGAGAGGGUAUUUAGCUCCUGAGUAUAUGGAACAUGGGUUGGUCUCGACUAAGCUUGAUGUUUAUGCUUUUGGUGUUGUGGUCUUGGAGAUUGUUACCGGUAAAGAAGCUUCUGAGUUGAAGAAAGAGAUCGAUGAAGGUAAGGAUUUGGAGGCGUUUUUGGUUAGUGGAAGCUUCUUGCCUGAAGGGCUAGUGGGUUUUGUGGUGAGGUUAGUGAUGGAUUGUUUGAAGAGAGAUCAUUUGAAUCGUCCAUCAAUGGAUGAGAUUGUUCUGUCUUUGUCCAAGAUCUUGACGGCUUCGAAAAGCUGGAAAUCGUCUUACUAAAGUAAAGGCCCAAUGGCCAAUAUGUUUUAGCCUUUUUACGCUGCAUGUUAACCAAAAGGAUUUUCUUUUUGUUUGUUUUUAGAAGCUUAUGUUCUUGUGUUGGAUUUGUGGUCAGGAAAAUGUUGACUGGUUUUAAG